CUUAGAUGCACCCUAAGAUAAAGGUUUGCAUGACAGGCGACACACAGGCAACAAAACACAGACCGCUCCGCUACACCGCUAGUGCUAGUGUUUAUUUGCUAGCUUGUUUAUUUUUUGUGACCGUAAGCUAUUUGACAAAAGCACAAGUAUUUUCAGCUGACACCGUGGAGCAAGUUUUGCCGUGGUCCUGGUUCUAAGAGACUCAACAGGACUGUUGACAUAGGAUACGUCGUCUGCUGUCGAGGCACCAGCUACCGUUAAGCUGCACUAAAUUCCGUCAGGAUAACGUUACACGACAAAUAUCAUAGUACGUUAAGGUAACGUUAACCGGUUGUUGUCGGUUGUCUGCUUGUUAAAUUAACAGUAAAACUUGCAUGAGUUACCCUAGCCUAUUGUAAGUAAUUGUUUCCCUUUAAUUGUGUAGCUAACUUACACGACAUGUAACGUUACUGAACGUUAUUAUUGCUUCUCUCUCCACUCGGUAACGUAAGCGGGACGUGUACACAUGGUGGAUAUGACUGCCGAGGAACAAACAUUUGGUCUUUAUUUUUUCUUCUCUAUUCCAGCUGACGUUUUUUUUUUUGUUGUUAUUAUAAUUUUAUAGCUCGGUUGAUGUAGAACAGCAGUUGUAGAAACAACGCUUUCCUGACCUGUGUCGUCAGGUUGACGACCCCUGUUUAUGUUUUCUCUCAAAGCUCCACACGCUGUCCGGACAAUGGCAGUGUCGCUACAGCGCCCCCACGCGGCUGUGACCUGUCUGCUUUUGUUGUGUGUGACCGGUGGCCUGUCCAUGCCAGACCCCAGGCACAGAGAGGCCCUUAUACAGCUGGAGGCCUCCAUGCAGACAGGAGGCCAGGUCGUGUUGACUGAUGCUGAGCAGCGGCUGGACACGCUUCUGUUUCAUAUGAAGCAGGAGGAGAUGGUGAGAGCAGACUUCCCUCCCGCCAUGCACUUCUUCAAGGCCAGGGACCUCAUCAGGACCAGUCCAAUCUUCAGCCUGCUCCAGAAGAUGCCUAAAGGGGGAGCUCUCCAUGUCCAUGACUUUGCCAUGGUAGACGUGGAGUGGCUAGUGAAGAACGUGACCUAUCGGCCCCACUGCUACAUGUGCUUCACUGACAGCCGGUCCAUCAGAUUCAUCUUCUCGACCCGAUGGCCCAAAGCUGUGCCACGCUGCUCUCCCUGGGCCCUGCUGGAAAACCUCCGAGCCAAGGUGAUUAACACCACGGAUCUCGACAACAGCAUCAUGGCCAACAUGACACUCUUCACUGAUCAGGAUCCAGAAACGGUGUACCCCAGUCAGGAUGUGAUAUGGGAUACGUUUGAACAGGCCUUCCAGGCAGUGUGGGGCCUGGUCACAUACGCUCCAGUGUUCAGAGACUAUUACUACCAAGGUCUCACCCAGUUCUACAUGGACAACGUCAUGUAUCUGGAACUGCGAGCUUUACUCCCACAGAUAUACGAGUUGGACGGCAGCACUCAUGACACAGCCUGGACUCUGAAGACCUACCAGGAGGUCACCAGACAGUUCACAUCAGACCACCCAGACUUCUUUGGAGCAAGAAUCAUCUUCACAAUCAAUAGGGGAGUAAAUGCAUCCGUGAUGGCCAGAGUUGUGGACGAGGCUAUGAAGCUACAGAGAGACUUCCCAGAUGUCAUGGCUGGUUUUGACAUGGUGGGCCGCGAGGACAGAGGCAGACCCCUGUGGUACUUCAGAGAUGCCUUGUCGCUGCCAGUAGAGAGAGGGGUGACGCUUCCUUUCUUUUUCCACGCUGGAGAGACUGAUCUUGAGGGCACAGAGGUGGACCAGAACUUGUUGGACGCUCUUUUGUUCAACACUUCCCGUAUUGGCCACGGAUUUGCUUUGCCGCGCCACCCCGUGGCCAAAAAUCUAUCCAGAAAGAGAGGGGUGGCUCUGGAAGUGUGCCCUAUCUCCAACCAGGUGCUGAAGCUAGUAGAUGAUAUGCGAAACCAUCCGGCAGCUGCACUGAUGGCAGAGAACCACCCAGUGGUCAUCAGUUCGGAUGACCCGGCUAUGUUCGGGGCCUCUGGACUCUCUUAUGACUUCUAUGAAGCGUUUGUGGGCUUUGGUGGGAUUAGAUCCCAUCUAGGCUCCCUUAAAGAGCUGGCCUUAAACUCUAUUAGGUAUAGUUCUUUGACUCCAAAGCAAAAGGAGAAAGCCCUGGCUCUGUGGCAGAGAAGAUGGGAUAAGUUUGUCUCCGAAAAUGCUUCUUAAGAAAGAAGCUGAUACAACAAAGCUAGUUUGGGGUCCGAUAUUGUCCUUUUUCACAAACGACAAUUUGGCAUGUUAAACAUGAUGAAUAAGGAAACGAAUGACAUCAUUCUUAAUGUUAAAAGUAACACCUGUCAAUCUCUGUACAAACAAUAGCAUUUGUCCUUGAAAUAAAAAUGUGUGUGUAUACAUACAGUACAGUCCAAAAGUUUGGACACACCUUC